GUAAAAGAGAAAAACAAAACAAUUGAAUAUAUAAAGUAAUUUUUUUAACAUAGUUGUGAGAGAGGUGGGGAGUAUGAAGUGAUUUACCCUGUGAGGCUUUUUUUUUCCAUACGAACAAGUUUUCUUUGAUGUCGUUAAUAAGAAUUCUUGUAGAAAACAUGGAAGCUGUUUUAUUGGACGCAUAAGCAAAAAAAAGAUUAGUUUUAUCUCUGAAAAAAUGAGACGUGACGUCAUCUGGCGAAAAAAUGCAGAAUUUUAAUCAAUAGCGUCUUACUAAACCCUUAAGAAUAAAAUGGGAGCAUAUUGUUGCCCAUCACAAUGUAAUUAUGAUGAUCCUGAUUACAUAUGUUUGGAUGGUCAACCAAAACAUGUGGAAUCAAGAAAAAAUCCCAAUGGAUCAGGUUUCAAUAAUAAUAAGAUAAAGAAUUCAAAAUCCCCAACAGAUCAAUAUAUUAAUAAAGUGUUUCAAAAAAAAAUUUUUUCAAAUUAUAACGCGUCGGAAUCUUUUUUUGAAGAUACCAGUGUAAAUGAGUCUCUGGAAGAAAAUGUAUUGGACGAGUGUACGAGUAAGAAGGAGAUUUCACAAGGAGUAUCACAUCAAAUUAACAACUAUGACGGAGCAUAUUUAAUUUAUACUGAAGCUAACAAUGGAUCACUUUUAACAUCUUGGAGUACUUCUAAACUACCAAAUGCUCUUAUAUUUGCUCAACGUAAACCGAAUCUUUUUAUACCAAAUUUUCGAUACCGUCAAAAAAGUGUGGUCAUUUCUUCUAUUCAUAUUGAACAAAAAAAUGUUUUAGAAGGAGUUCUUUUAUUUUUAAAAUCAAUUCGAGCUUUUCAAAGUAAAGUUUUUUUUUUUAAUGUUAAGGAUUCUCUUGGUCAAAUAGCUCCAAUUUUUUUUUUGUUUUAUACAGAUCAGAACAAAGUUUCUGUGUUGAGUGGUGAGGAUGAGGCUGAGAAUUUGAUGGAAACAAAAAUGAUAGCGUCAUGUUUUCUUUCUGAAAAGUGUGUGAAUGAUUUCAUUGUAUUAAAAAAUCAGGCGUAUGUGGAAUUUCAAGACUUUGAGUGCUUGUGUGUUAAAUAUUCCAAUAUUUUAUGUACGAGUAUACUUAAACAAUAGUUUUAAUUUUUGUUUUUUUUUAAUUUUUGCUUCUUUUACUGUUUUUCGACGAAUAAUUAACAAAAAAUACCUUUUUUUUUUUCUUGAAAAAAUAUUCUAAAUGAAAAAUUAUUUUUUUUCGA